AUGGACGAGGAGGAGUAUAAGAAGAGGCUGUCGUCCAACUUUAAGUUGUUCGAUGAUAACUCGAAGAAACAGGCCAAGGAGUUUCUUGAACUGUGUACCUAUGUUCAUGGUAAAUAUGACGAGGAUGCCGGGUUCCAGGAUUUGGAAAAGCAUGUGCGUGAGUUGGAAAAGCCUUCUCUUGAUAAGGGCUUGAAGAGGGACAGAUUAUAUUAUUUGGCACUUCCACCCUCUGUAUUCGGCACAGUCACCGCUCACUUGAAGAAGAACAACUACCCCGGUGACGAGGGUCAUGCCAAGGUCAUUAUCGAAAAGCCCUUCGGCCACGAUUUAGAGUCGUCGCGUGUGCUGCAGAAGGCCAUUGCUCCUGUAUGGACCGAGGACGAGGUAUACCGUAUUGACCACUAUCUUGGUAAGGAAAUGGUCAAGAACAUUCUUGCUCUGCGAUUUGCCAACCAGUUUUUCAACGCCUCAUGGAACCGUCAAAACAUUGCUUGUGUACAGAUCUCGUUUAAGGAACCAUUUGGUACUGAGGGACGUGGUGGUUAUUUCGAUGAGAUCGGAAUUAUCCGAGAUGUCAUGCAAAACCACUUAUUGCAAGUGUUGUCGUUGAUUGCUAUGGAGAGACCUGUUUCGUUUGCUCCUGAAGAUAUUCGUGACGAAAAGGUCAAGGUGUUAAAGGCCAUUCCUCCUAUUGAGCUUUCACAGACUAUAUUGGGACAAUACGACCGAUCCGAGGACGGAGCCAAGCCCGCUUAUACUGAUGAUGAGACAGUUCCUAAGGGAUCCAAGGCCGUGACUUUUGCUGCUUUGCAAUUGUCGAUCAACAACGACAGAUGGGAGGGUGUUCCAUUUAUUCUCAAGGCCGGUAAGGCUCUUGACGAGGCCAAGGUCGAGAUCCGUAUUCAAUUCAAAGAUGUGGCUCAGGGCAUUUUCCAGAACAUUGCUCGUAACGAGCUUGUAUUGAGAAUCCAGCCCAAGGAAGCCAUCUAUCUCAAGAUGAACGCCAAGUACCCUGGUUUGGGAACUCGUACUGUUGUGACCGACCUUGAUUUGUCGUACCACCGCCGUUACUCGGACCUCAAGAUCCCUGAGGCCUAUGAAGCUCUGAUUCUCGACGCUCUCAAGGGCGACCACUCGAACUUCGUGCGCGACGAUGAGCUCGACGUUUCCUGGAAGAUCUUCACUCCCUUACUACACAAAAUCGACUCCAAGGACGAAGAUGUCAAGGUCGAAAAGUACGCCUACGGCUCGCGCGGUCCUGCCAGCGUCAACCAGUUCCUUGCCGACCGAGGCUACGUCCGAGACAACACUAAGAGCUACCAGUGGCCUGUCACCAAGGGCAACCUCUAA